AUGACCGGCGAGGUGGGGAAUACGAGUUCGAGUGAGGACAGCAGAGAAUCCAGAAAUGAUGAUCGGGAUAUUUUAAAGCCCAAGUCAGGAAAACGAUGGCUGUCUAAUCGAGAGCUGGACAGGCUACGUUUCGAGAAUCCCGGUGAAGCUACCGUUAUUGCGGCAUUGGAUAUUUUUGCGGGCAGCUCCAAGGAUGGCGUACGACGAUCCAGAAGGCGUCGAAAACAAGUGGUAACAGUUAAUGCGCAGUACAUGCCGUAUCACGACGUGAACGGCUCCCUGGUCAUGCAAAGCGGUGAGCUUGUACGAUUAUGCGAUUGCUUGCGAAUUACUUGUCAAGGUUACUUGCUUGGAUUAUUUGGUUACUUGAGCCAUCGAUUACUUAAGUUAUUUGAUUAA